CUACAAUACGUACACGCAGACACAAAGGAUAUGCCUGGCCCUCCAGGCGGGUGGCAGGGUGCUCCGUGCUGCUGCUCACUCCCUUGGCUGUGGUGCACCCAGGCGUGUGGGCUGUGACUCAGCUGCUUGCUGGGUGGUGUCCAGAUACUGCUCAGCAGAGAUAACUCGCCCCCUCUCCUGACAUCCUCCCUUUAUUCUGGGCUUUUUGUUUGUUUGUGUCAUCACACGAGAAAAGCUCCCCAGGGACGCCUGCAGCAGAGCAGUGUGUGCGACACAGCAGUGAUGACAGAGAAGGAGAGGUGUCCCAAAGUGGAGCAGUACGUUGGUGAGAUUAAAGGCGGACUGAGACCUGCCAUGAGACUCACUGUAAUAGGAAUGGUACCUUCCAACCCCAAGAGCUUUUCAGUGACUCUGCUCUGUGAUCCAGUGGAUGCAAACAAAGACGUUGGGAUGAUAUUCACAGUUAACUUUAGCGAGAAGUCCAUCACACGAAAUGCAAGAAUUGAUGGGAAGUGGGGGAUAGAAGAGAAGAACAUACCCUACUUCCCAUUUAUUGCAGGGGACACAUUUAAGAUGGAGCUCUUAUGUGAACAUCAGCAAAUAAAGGUCUUGCUUGAUGGACGGCAGCUCUGUGACUUCACUCACCGCAUUCAGCCCCUGAACCUGGUGAAAGCUUUGCAGAUCACAGGCGAUGUCAAGCUUACCAAAGUGGCUUAGAAAGGAGUUCACAGUAUUACCAGGAGACAGAGACAAAUGCACUUUCUUCUGUCUGAGAAAUGUUUUAUCUUUUUCUCCUCAUCGAUGUUGGAGAAUGGGAACUGUCUUUUUUCAUUUGUUGAUGAAAUACACUUUUUUUUUUUUCUAAUCCGUGUUUAAACAUUGCAGAGAUAUGGCUGGUCCAGCUAAA